AUGAAGUUCACAAUUGACGUUUUGGGGAUUUUUCUUAAAGUCGUCGUUAAGAUAAACAAAGUGACAUUUGCCCCACUGGUGGUGUCGACCCUUUUCAUCCUCCUGACGUCACUACUGGCCCACUGUGCGAGGAGAGUAGUGCAGAAGGUAGUGAAGGAACCCUUCGUCCGGUUGCUGUUCGAGGAGACUAUAGCUGCUGCUGAACUAUGCGGGUGCUGCUUCGAACUUAUUGUGGUGGCGGAUAACUUUGGCGUAGCGACGUAUGCGAUAUUCCUGUUCGCACUGACAAUCUGGUGGUCACUCAACUGGGGAGAUGCUACAGCCUGUCCUUAUACGCACAUCGAAGAUGUUAUUGAAGGCAAGGGUGACAUUCGCAAGGCGUUCCUUAAAACUUGGGCUGAGCUGACCGGUGGUAUCCUGGUCUUCAAAUAUGUGCAGAUGUACUGGGCGCUGGAGAUUUCUGACACCCACAAGGAUAAGGCAUUCGAAGACUGCAAGGCUGACUUACAGGUACCUGUAAUCUAUGGUGCAGUGGUUGAAGGUGUAGCCACGUGCCUCUGUCGCCUCGCUUCAAGAGGUCUCGGAGACCUGAACCCUCGCUUCGCCACGGCCAUCGAUUCCUUUAUUGGAACGUCUCUCGUUGUAGCUGUGGUCCUCACUAGGCACACGGUAUUCGUCUACCGGUAUCAGGACAAUAGUGCCAAUGCGGACCUAAGCGUGUCCAUCUUUUGCAAAAUACAUUUAGGAAAAGCAUUCGACUAUUCUGGAGGAUACUUCAACCCUGUGCUGGCGACGUCUCUGAAGGCUGGCUGUGAAGGUCAUACCAUGAUGGAACACGCGAUAGUCUACUGGAUAGGAGCCUGUGCAGGUUCUCUUCUGUCAGUAUACCUUUACAAGCUGCCAUCCAUCCAGAAGUUCGUCAGAGGCAGCAGUGAAGCGAAUGGAGACAGCAUUUGGGCAGAAAAAGAAGAUUAA